AAUCACUACUGUUUUCUAUUGCUACUGGCUUACUGAACUUGUUCAACCAGCAAGUUUGCAUUGUUUCAGUUUUGCUGGUGCUUAAAGCAGGGCAACUUUAUCACCAUUUGUUGUGUGGCCUGUGUGAUAAAGUAAACUACAGCAGGUCUUAUUCCUGUGCUUUUCUUCAGCAAGUAUUGCACUCAACGAAAAACCUUGAACCAUGAAUAAGGGGCCACUACAACUUGUUGCCUUAGUUCUUGGUAUCAUCGGAUUAGUCGGAACUUGUGCAGUCACAGGAAUGCCGCAAUGGAAGAUAUCUGCAUUCAUCGAAGAAAACAUUAUUGUCUUCGAAAACAGAUGGGAAGGCUUGUGGAUGAACUGUAUUCGACAUGCAAAUUUUAGGAUGCAAUGUAAAGUGUACGAUUCCUUGCUGGCUCUCUCCCCUGAUCUCCAGGCAGGCAGAGGACUGAUGUGUGCCUCUGUAGCGCUAGCCUUUGUGGGACUACUGAUUGCCUUCAUUGGAAUGAAAUGCACCAAGUUCAUGGAUGAAGGUACACGGACAAAAGGGUUUGUACUGAUUUCUGCAGGAAUCCUUCUGGUCAUGUCAGGUAUCUGUAUCAUAAUUCCUGUAUCGUGGACUGCUAACACCAUCAUCAGAGACUUCUACAACCCAUUGCUGCUCAAUGCUCAAAGACGGGAGUUAGGAGAAGCCCUAUACAUUGGAUGGGCUGUUUCUGGAUUUCUUUUUGCUUCUGGGAUAAUUAUGAUAUGCUGCUCAGCACCACUUAAGGAAAAGAAAACUAGGCUGACUGUGAGCUCCAAGAUGAGCACUUACCAUCCACCCAUACUGCAAAGACAAGCCUCCAGCAUGUAUAGCAAAAGCCAAUAUGUGUGAAACCAGCUAAAUAACUUUCUUUCAUGUGCUCUCAAAAAACACAAUGGACAGAAUGUUGAUUACAUUUUACAGGUUAAGUGGAGGUUUAAAUGUUGGAUAAGGUACUUCAAUCUGUGUUAAGAUAUAAUCAAAUCCCCUUUGUUACAAACUGUACACCACCGUAAACUGUUUUAUUUGAUUUUAAAUUGCAGUAUUUAAAGUAAUUCUUCCUUUUAUAUUAACAUUGCAUUUUUCACACCGAAAAUGUUUAAUUGGUUAAAAUAACUUGUAUCAUGACAAUUUUUUAUUUUUUAUUAUUCACAAGUUAACAUAUUGUAAUACUGUCUGUUUUAUAGUGUCUGUAAACUGUACAGGCAUAUUUUGUUAUAUUCCUACUGUAUAUAUUGGUCAUUGUCAGUUGUUGCCACAUAAUUAGGAGAUGUAUCAUAUUUUACAAGAUUCUUGCCAUUAAAAAUAUUCAAUGUCACAAUGUUGAGGUAAACAAUGUAUUUUCGUAAUUUGUUUCUGCAAUCUUUAUAUGACUGUUUCCUUGUAUUCAUCUGUUUGAUUUAUAAUCUCCCUUAUUAAAAGACUAAAAAAUAUGUA